AUGGACACGACGGAUCGGAAUAGCAACGAUGCUCGACCUGAUUACGUACAAACCAUCACGAUCACAGAUGCCCACGGAAACGUGAAGGAGCUCGUCUUCCCGAAGGCUCUCGACCUAGAUCGACCCAAGAGAUUGCGGACGACGUUUACGAAGGAGCAGCUGGAUAUGCUCGAAUCUGUAUUCAAGAUUAAACAGUACGUCGUCGGAAAAGAACGAACUCAGCUCGCUCAACAAUUGAAUCUCUCAGAGAAUCAGAUUAAGGUAUGGUUCCAAAACCGCCGCACCAAGCACAAGAAAGAAGAGGAAGGCGGCUCGGACACGCCGCUGGUGAAGUCUACAGAACUCGCUUGCCAACCCCAACCCGGACUCACAACACCGCCGAUCCCCAUCGUUCCUACAAUACCGCUUUAUUUCCCAGGCCUUCCAUUCGCCUUGCAGCAACAAGUCGACAAUAGUGCGAUCGCUGCCGUCGAUAACACGGAGGGCGCUGACGUUGCGAAACAAAAUAUAUUCCGGCCGUUCUGCCUCUGA